AUGACAACUUCUAGACGUUCGAACUUUUUCAAAAAUUACCACUUAUCAACAGUUAUGGAAAUGAAAACGUUGAAAAAUGAAAACCAAGCAUCAAGAGAAGAUGCUAACAGUCAAAAUCACCCACCAGCAGUCAGGUCGAAUACAGAACACAUACAACAUGAAAGAAAUAGAGCUCAAAGACAGACAACUGUUUCUGAUGAUCAUCAAGGAACACCGCACAAAAGUGACAAGAUUAAAUCGAAAAAAAAACAAAAGAAAAUCGAUAGUGAAAUUCAAAAUCAACCAGCUCACACUUCUUAUACAUCAGAAGUACAAUUUGAUGAAGAAGAACCUAUUGAUUAUCAAGGACAAACUGUAAAACAAGCUAACCGGGUCGAUGUUGCGACUAAAAGAUCCACUAAAUCAAAACGUCGAGUCUCAAUGGCAAUUCCUGUAACUGAAAGUCUAGUAAAUCCUAGCGAACCGAAUACAAUUGAAAGUGAUCCAUCCCCGAUCAUUGGGUAUGCUGCUGAGCCUUUAUUGUCACUUCCUGCAGCAUGUGCUCCACUCUUUGAUAUUCUUCAUAAUUUGUCGUUUUAUG